GUUGAAUAUAGCUUGUAGUCGCUGUCUAUCUGGCAGUUAAACUCACUCGGACCACAUUGAGGACCGCCGUGAGAGGAACCACAGAAAUUAAAGUCAAAAACAGAUUGUGCAAAGGACCCUCAACCUAGCAGGCACUAUGCGCGAAUGCAUCUCAGUCCAUGUAGGCCAGGCUGGUGUCCAGAUGGGGAACACCUGCUGGGAGCUCUACUGUCUGGAACAUGGCAUCCAGCCAGAUGGUCAGAUGCCCUGCCAAAAGUCCAUCGGUGGACAUGACGACUCUUUCACCACCUUCUUCAGCGAGACCGGGGCUGGAAAGUACGUGCCCAGAGCAGUUUUUGUUGAUCUGGAACCCACCGUUGUUGAUGAGGUGCGUACAGGUACAUAUCGCCAACUCUUUCACCCCGAGCAGCUGAUCUCUGGAAAAGAAGAUGCGGCCAACAACUAUGCGCGUGGACACUACACGAUUGGCAGGGAGCUCAUUGACUCUGUCCUCGACAGGAUCCGCAAACUGUCUGAUCAAUGCACUGGUCUCCAAGGCUUCUUGGUCUUCCAUUCCUUUGGUGGAGGCACCGGCUCUGGUUUCACUUCUCUCCUAAUGGAGAGACUGUCUGUUGAUUAUGGUAAAAAGUCCAAGCUCGAGUUUGCUAUCUACCCAGCCCCCCAGGUUUCCACAGCAGUUGUGGAGCCCUACAACUCCAUUCUGACCACUCACACCACCCUGGAGCACUCCGACUGUGCCUUCAUGGUGGACAACGAAGCCAUCUAUGAUAUCUGUCGUAGGAACCUCGAUAUUGAGCGUCCAUCCUACACCAACCUCAACCGGCUUAUCAGUCAGAUAGUGUCAUCUAUCACAGCCUCUCUUCGCUUUGACGGAGCCCUGAAUGUCGACUUGACAGAGUUCCAGACCAACUUGGUGCCCUACCCUCGUAUCCACUUCCCUCUGGCCACAUAUGCCCCAGUCAUUUCCGCUGAGAAAGCCUACCAUGAACAACUCUCUGUGGCUGAAAUCACUAAUGCCUGCUUUGAGCCAUCCAACCAGAUGGUGAAGUGUGAUCCACGUCAUGGCAAAUACAUGGCCUGCUGUCUCCUGUAUCGCGGCGAUGUGGUGCCCAAAGAUGUUAAUGUGGCCAUCGCCAACAUCAAGACCAAACGCACCAUCCAGUUUGUGGACUGGUGUCCCACAGGCUUCAAGGUGGGCAUCAACUACCAGCCUCCAACAGUGGUUCCUGGGGGCGAUCUGGCCAAAGUGCAGAGGGCUGUGUGCAUGCUGAGCAACACCACAGCCAUUGCUGAGGCCUGGGCUCGUUUGGACCACAAGUUUGACCUGAUGUACGCCAAGAGGGCCUUUGUGCACUGGUAUGUGGGGGAGGGAAUGGAGGAGGGAGAGUUCUCCGAGGCCAGAGAGGACAUGGCUGCCCUGGAGAAGGAUUAUGAAGAAGUUGGAAUUGACUCCUUUGAAGAGGAAGAUGAGGGAGAAGAAUAUUAGACUUAUUUGGCUAUCAUUUACUUUCAGGGCCCAAAAUAUCUAUUUAUAAAUAGAUAUCAUUUGUGUCAUUAUGACGGCAGUUGGCAAUAUUGACUUAUGACGAUCGUUUUCAAACUGUCUGUUGGAAUUGUGUUGUGACCCAUUAAAUCUCUAA